AUGGCUAUUAUUCGACGAAAGAGAAUUCGAAAGCCGCGAGGGCGAGGUCUGCGGACGACGACUGGAUGCACAACCUGUCGUCGACGACAUCUAAAAUGCGACGAAGCUAAGCCGUUGUGCGGUCCCUGUGUCAAAGCUGACCGGGAUUGUGUUUACGGAGAGUCUGAAUCGAGUAUCUUCACCGUCACCGAGACUGAGACACCGAGACGGAAUGUUCCUGAGUCGCCGCGGACGGCUCUCGCCUCUCCGUCCGAGACGCCUGUGUUGAAUGAAUCACAGGAUGCCCAGGUUUAUUCACCAUGUGAUGGUCGUAACCUGCAUGAAAAUGCAGACCAACCACACGUUGAGAUCCCAAUUACCUCACCCAGCGUCCCGAAUCCGUAUACACCAUCCAACCAGAUCGAGUCUCCCCACGUAUCAGAUGCAGGCACACAAACAUCCGGCCCGACAUUGAGUACGGCUGCAGUCCGCUGGUUUGGGCUGUUGGCUACCGAUGCUGCUCGCGAGGCUGUUCCCACUGGAGUGGAAGAAGGUAUUGACUGGAGUUUUCUCGACUAUGACACUGUCUGGGAGCCGGUUACUCCUCUGCAGCAGGCGACGAAAAUUGUAGAUCAUCAGGUUGAGCAGAACGUGAUAUCACCACGAACUCAAGAAUCAGAGCGGGAGUUGUGGCAGUCGCCGGAGACGAUUCAGCUUUUGCCAAAAGAACAUGUGUUGUUUGAGAACUUUAUUAAUCGGAUAAGUCAAUGGAUUGAUCUAUUCGAUCCGAUGAAGCAAUUCGCUACAUUUGUUCCACAUCUAGCAGUCCGAAACCCCGGCUUGAUGAACGCCAUCCUCGCCCUCUCAUGCCGCCAUCUCUCUCUCAACCCAUCCAUCGAGAUUGAAGAACCACCAGACCGAAACAGUGCGCUACAGUACUACUAUCAGACACUCCACUACGUCCAAAAAGCCAUGCGCCAUCCAACCUACCAAACCAGCCUCGAACUUCUCGCGACAACACUCAUCAUCUCCACGUACGAAAUGCUCGACGGAUCAUGCAAAGACUGGGAACGACAUCUCGAAGGCGUCUUCUGGAUUCAGCGAUCACAGGUAAUCCACAGCGAAUCCGGGGGACUGAAAAGUGCCAUCUGGUGGGCGUGGCUGUGUCAGGAUAUCUGGGCUGCGUUUCGGGAGCGCCGGAAGACGUUUACCUUUUGGACGCCGAAGAAGCAGUAUCCGGAUAUGUGUUGCUAUGAAGUCGCCUCGAGGGCAGUCUGGAUCAUGGCGCAGGUUGUCAAUUACUGUUCGCGGGAACAGGGAAAGUGCGAUCUUCCCUGGCGGAUUGAGCGGGCUGCUCAACUGCGAGGGUUACUCGAUGAAUGGCGACGGCAUUUGACGGUGGAAUUCGAGCCAUUGCCUACUCUUUCAUCUGAAUCUGUAUUUCAGCCGAUUUGGAUUCGUCCUGCGACAUUUGGCGUUGCUAUGCAAAUCCAUCACGCCGCUCAGAUUCUCCUUCGUCUGAAUGAGCCAUCUAUAGGGGGGUGGGAUAGAUUCGUGGAGCGAUCGAAAGCACUGCAGCGUAGUGCUAGAGUUAUAUGUGGCGUGGCGAUGACUAUGACAGAUGAAGCAUCGAGUUUCAUGUCCGCGCAGUGUCUUUUUAUCGCUGGACUCUGUGUGCAGGAUAGGCAAUCCCAGGAAAGACUUCUUGAGCUGGUGGAAUCAUGCCAGAAACGAACUGGCUGGCCGGUUACUUCACUGGGAGCUGAGUUGAAGGAUAUUUGGGCUUAG